AUGAAGCGGAGCGCGGGCGCGCUGGGGUCGGGGCUGGAUCUGGACGGGCUGGGUGGAGACGCUGCGCGCUCGGUGCGACCGCGCACUGUGGCGGAGCGGAAGAGGCGGAACAACAUCAGCCACCGCCUGGAGCAGCUGAAGGCGGCCAUUCCGCUGUGCAAUCCGCGCAUCACCACGGAGACGCUGCUGUGCGAGACGCUGACGUACAUUGACGCACUAAAGGCCAAAAUCCGCAACUUGCAGGCCGAGAAGGCCAACCUGCUCGAGCACGUGCUGACUCUGUAA